UUGAGAUAAAGAAAAAAUGGCGGUUGUGAAAAUGUGCAUAAAUUGCAAAAUAAUUUGAUAAAUAAUUCAAGAAGUUCUGCAAACCAACACACAGGUACCAGCCAAUAUUGAAGUAGCUGAACAAUACAAUAAACUAUUGGGACAAUGGUUACCCCAGAUAUGGAUGUGAUUAAGGAGGUGCCUGGCUACAAGGUCAUCCUGAAAGCCGUUCUAAGAGCACAGAUACAACAGCUGAUUGAACAGCUGGCCGUUACAACUGAUGAAGAGUCGAUCAUCUUAACAGCGAGCGUCGCUGACGGCACCCUGAGUCAUCUUGGUUCUGACUCGGCAAAAGGCUUUCUCGAGGAAAAUGAGGAAGUUAAAUCGCAGUUCCUCGGCUUUUGUUUAAAAAGUCACCAUAAACGAAAACAAGAAGAAGAGCAGAAAAAGCGUGACGAGGAGAUCAGAAAAGCCGAAGCUGAGGCCCUACAACAGCAACAGGCCUACCAACAAUCGAUCCGGUACAUGUCGCCCCAAACCGGCGUGCCCAGAAUGCGGCAGCAGUUCAGAACACCGGGAGGUGGGGUCAGACAUCAGCCCUACCCCCUCACGCGCCCAAUCAGGGCAUCUUCAUCGCCUAUUCAUUCACCAUUGCAGUCCCCCAUUAAAUCUGCGGUCAAGCUUGAGCCUCAGGAUGAAUCAUCGAACCUUAGUGGCAGUGACACUGGAAUUAGUGGUGCUAGAAAUCCUAAUGAUGACACAACUUCAGAAUCUGGUCAGGAUGGGCAGGGUGGCUCAGGUGACAAUGCACAGGGAGCUGGUGACAUGAGUAUUAAACUUGAAGACAUUGAUGAAUCAGAGUUAGAUGAACUUGAAAUUACGGGUGUUGAACCUGGUCAGCCCAUGCCCCCGGCGCAAGAUUGGAGUUCUAACAUGCCCAUGGGAAUGGGCUUCGAUCCGUCAGGCGGGGCGUCCGGUUCUCAGGCAGAUAUGGCGGCUCAGCAGGGAUACAGUUCAAUUGGUGGAUUAAAAAUGUACAUGUGUGUGCUGUGCGGCAAAUCCUUCCCGACCCCGUCAAAGUUAGACGCCCAUGCUGUCGUGCACACGGGAGAGAGACCAUACACAUGUGAUAUAUGUCAACGAUCUUACACACACUGUAGUUCACUGAAUAAACAUCGAAAAAUUAUUCAUAAGAUAGUAUAAUGAUAAAGUAUUUGGUAUAUGAUUUUUGAUUUGAAACAAGUAAAGAUUUGGGAGUUAUAAUUAAAUUUCUUCAUAUGCAAACGUUCUGCAAUGUAUGUUAUAGUACAUCACCCACCAUCUGAGUUACUGAAGUUAUAUACAGUCUUACCCUGUUGGGAUGUAAAGCACCAAUUUUUUUCUUCUGAAUGUAACCAUUCUGGCUUGCCUGUAAUUUCCCGAGGCUCAAUAUUUUUUCACAUAUCCAUCAGAGUUUGAGCCAAUAGGAUUGGACUGUACGAGUGUAAAGCUCGAGAGAUGUACAAUUUCGUUCAUGAACGUUUGGUGUAGUGACUGUUUUGUACCAUAUUUAUGCCCCCCUUCGAAGAAGAGGGGUAUAUUGCUUUGCACAGGCAUGUCGGUAUGUCGGUCGGUCGGUCGGUCGGUAGACCAAAGCUUGUCCGAGUGAUAACUCAACAAUUCCUAGACGUAUGGUCAUCAAACUUCACAUGAAUGUUGGGCCUGACCAGUAGAUGACCCCUAUUGAUUUCGGGGGUCAUCGGGUCAAAGGUCAAGGUCACAGUGACCUUUAAUAGUAAAAUAAUUUUAAAGCUUGUCCGAGUGAUAACUCAACAAUGCCUGCACCCAUGGCCCUCAAACUUGACAUGGAGGUUGGGCCUGACCAGUAGAUGACCCCUAUUGUUUUUGGGGGUCAUCAGACCAAAGGUCAAGGUCACAGUGACCUUGAAUGGUAAAAGGUUGUCCGAGUGAUAACGUGACAAUGCCUGCACCCAUGACCCUCAAACUUGACUUGGAGGUUGGGCCUGACCAGUAGAUGACCCCUAUUGAUUUUAGGGGUCAAAGGUCAAGGUCACAGUGACCUUGAAAGCAAACUCGACAAUUCUUGGACCUAUGGUCAUCGAACUUGACAUGAAAGUUGGGCCUGCCCAGUAGAUGACCCCUAUCGACUUUGGGGGUCAUCAGGCCAAGGUCAAUGUCACAGUAACCUUUAACGCAAAAAGUUAACAAAUCUUCCCCCACUGAUAUCUCAACAAUGCCUGAACCUAUGAUCAUUAAACUUGACAUGGAUGUUAAGCCUGACCAGUAGAUUCAUAGAGCCAAAGGUCAAGGUCACAGUGAUCUUGAAUGGUAAAAGGUUGUCCGAAUGAUAACUCAACAGUGCCUGAACCCAUGGCCUUCAAACUUAACUUGGAGUUGCAUCUGACUUGUAGAUGACCCCUUAUGAUUUAAGGGGUCAUCGGGUCAAAGGUCAAGGUCACAGUGACCUUGAACGAAAAAACUUGUCUUGUGAUAACUUGACAAAGCCUGCACCCAUGGCCCUCAAACUUGACAUUUAGGUUUCUGGUGACCAGCUGAUGACUCUGGAUUUUGAGUUCAUAGAGUCAAAGGUCAUGACGGUCAUAACACACUUUAUCCUCACACUUUAAUGGUCAUAAUCUUAAAACAGCAACAAAUCAGCUGUCAUUUCGGUCCAUGCAUAUUUCAUUCAAUUGUCCAUAUAAUCCUGACAACAUGGCGCUCAGGGGGGGCAUAAUGUUUGACAAACAUCUCUUGUUUGAUAUUAAAUCAUGCAAUAAGUAGCAUGUGUAUAUUGAAAUAUUUUUGUAAUUUAAUUACAUAUUUUUUAUUGCAUAGCAUUACUUGUCACUGUUCUGAUACGAGAUAUAAUGCAUAAAACAAAACAAAGAAAACUCUCACUAAUGUGGUUAAACAGAUACCUUCAAAAUGAUACACACAUAAAAUAAGCAAAUAAUGACUUGUCUACACUGUCCAUUGUUUUGAAAUCUUCUGUAUGUUUUUAUUACAUAAAGUUACUUUCUGGAUUUUAAUUAUUUUUUUCAUUAUUCCAUGAUAUAAAAUUCAAGUUUAUCAAAAAAAAUAUUUCCAUCAACAUUUAAGUCCCAGUGUGUAUAUAUAUGAGUGCACCGAUAAGUCAUGAUCAGAAUGCAUCAGCUGCCUUGCAUACUUCUAAUACUUUAAUUUGUCAUAACUUGAGUAAUUUACGAUUCAUUGUUUACUGAUGAGAUUUCAUUUGUUGAUAAUACAUAACACUUUUCUACAAACUCAUAAUUUAUUGCAUUCACUAUGUUAUUGUGUUACACUUCGUAAUGUCAUUGUGUUUUGCUUCAUAAUGUUAUCAUGUUACGCUUCGUAAUGUCAUUGUGUUAUGCUUCAUAAUGUCAUCAUGUUACACUUCAUAAUGUCAUCAUGUUA